UGAAAUUUUUCCAAAAUAUUUACUCUAAAAAUGAUCUAAUUCCUCUGUUUUCAUAUUUCAUUUUCUUCUCUCCCAAACAGAGUUUUUUCCUUCAUUAAAUUUUCCAAUCAAUUCCCACAUUUUCUUCAACAAAGUUAAGAUUUUUCUUUCUCAGCAACACCAACAAUGGAAAUCCCACUUCCCAAAAAAUGGUCUCAAGAAAUAUGGUUAGCCAUUUUCACUUCUCUUGCUCUGUUUUUCAUUAUGUCAAGCUUCGAUUACUCGACAUUUUUAAUGGCUGCCGACAAAAGGGUUCUUCAAACUCCUUCAAUCAAUGAUCCCUGUACCGGUCUUGAUGUUAGUUUACAUUUAUGGGAUUCAAACAUUUCAAGUAGAGAUUCUUCAGCUCAUGAUCUUCUUGAUUUUCUUUCCAACAAACCAGAGUGGAAGAGAAUGUGGGGUAGAGAUCAUUUCAUGGUUGCAGGAAGAAUUUCAUGGGAUUUCAGAAGACAAACUGAUAACAUUUCUGAUUGGGGUAGUAAGUUGAGAUUCUUACCUCAAUCUAUGAAUAUGUCUAUGCUUUCAGUUGAAUCAAGUUCAUGGAAUAAUGAUUAUGCUAUUCCUUAUCCAACUUACUUUCAUCCAUGGAAAGAUAGUUUGAUUUUCGAUUGGCAAACUCGAAUGAGAAACCGAAAAAGGCCUUACUUGUUUACCUUUGUUGGUUCACCAAGGCCAGAAAUGACCAAAUCUAUUAGAGGAAGAGUUAUUGAUCAGUGUCAAAGAUCAACAAACUCAUUAUGUCAAUUCAUUGAUUGUAGUUCAAUUCAGAAUAGUUGUAGUAAACCAGUUAGUGUUAUGAAAAGUUUUCAAAGCUCAAUCUAUUGUUUACAACCUCCUGGUGAUUCAUACACAAGAAGAUCGAUUUUCGAUUCGAUUUUAGCUGGUUGUAUUCCUGUUUUUUUUCAUCCAGGUACUGCUUAUUCUCAAUAUAAAUGGCAUUUUCCCAAGAAUCAUACAAAGUAUUCUGUGUAUAUUCCUGUUAAGGAUGUCAUCAAUGAUUUGAAAGAAGGUACCAUUGAGAAAGUUUUGGUUGGAAUUUCUAAAGAGGAAGAAUUGAGUAUGAGAAAUGAGGUGAUUAAGCUUAUACCAAAUAUUGUUUAUGGUGAUCCAAUGGUGAGAUUAGAGACUGUUGAAGAUGCUUUUGAUUUGUCUAUUAAGGGAAUUAUUGAAAGAGUUGAGGAAAUUAGGAAAGUGAUUAAGGAUGGUAAAGAUCCUAGUGUUGGUUUUGCAGAAGAAGAUAGUUAUAAGUUUACAUUUUCUGAUUAUAAUCAUACUUAGAAUAUUAUGAGCUCAUUAAUUUGUUUAAUUAGUAUUAAGGCUUUGUAUUAUUAUUAUUAGUUAUUAUUAUAUACAAAAGAAAAAAAUAACAAAUUUUAUUGCAGUUGAGUAUACAUUAAUAAAAUGUAAAUUUCUUGUUGUUUUACUCAUUCAAUUACAUUUAUAUAAUAUACACAUAUUGUUUUCCCUUUCUUACUCUAA